CGUAGAUAAUCUGUAGUUCAUCUUCAAUCGUUCGCUUCUUCAAGAUUAAUGGCUACGGCUGUCAGUCGACGGGUUGGUUCUGAAUUGACGUCGCCUGUCACUGCUGUGCCAACGAAUAAAUCUGAAGCGGCUAAGGAGCGCAAGGAUUAUUCGCAGCAGACAUUCGCAAAACUCCGAAAGGUCCGUUUUCUCCCAUAUGGUGGCCGCCUGCUCUGGCUUGGAUACUCCGAUGGACGAUGUGCUUCUCUGUGGAAGCCAAAUGAGAGCGACGAUGAUGUUGCGGAACCCUUUGAGGAACUUUGCAGAUUACCACUGGAUGUGGAUCCGUUCGAUUUAUGCAGUUGCACACCACCAGUGACUUGUGUCUCGUUCAAUAACGGAAGUUUAUUGGUACUCAACAACACAGACGAUAACUUGACAAAGCUAAAAACAAUCGAGAAUGUGCACGGGAAAGGGGAUUCUCGUGUGCUUACAGAAUUCGACAGUCAUAGCAUCAUCAGCGGGUCAUCAAACGGCUCUCUUGCAAAGGUUGACAUUGAGACAGGGACAGUUAGCUCACUAUCUAAGGGUAAUUCUGGAGUACGAUCAGUCACGACCUUGGCGGGAGGUACUCUUUUGGCAUCUGGUCAUUCUGCCGGCCAAAUUUUGGUAUGGGACUGUCGACUGCAGUCGUUCAACAAGCCAGUGGUAGUGUGUGUACCCUCUAAAAGAAGGCUUGACGCUGUCACCACAUUAGCCAACCAUCCAGCACUGGCAAGCUUGAUCUCCUUUGGCACAGAUCUCGGCACGGUUGGCUUCGCCGACAUUCGAGGAGCGGGUCAUGACCUGAUGCCGAAUACAUUUGAUGUAGCUACUUCCACCAUCACGCAGGUUGAGUUCCAUUCGCAAUGUGGCGAUCACUUCGUUUGUGCAUCUGCUGAUGGGAGUCUCGUCCAUUGGGAUGUUUCAUCUGUGAACGUAAAUUGCCCAUCGGCUGGAAUGCGCCAAUCUCCUUGGCUAUCAGAUCUGUUGAGUCAAAAUGUCGAAUUGGAUACACUGCGUUCUCCAUCGUUCGGCUCUGUGAAUGGAUUCGCCAUCGAAGGUACAUCGGUGGUAGCAGCCGUUGAUAUGUGCAUGCUGUACAUGUACGAAAAUGUGUCCUUCCCUAUUGGCACAACAACGCAUCAUUGACGCCAAAUCAUUGUUGCCGAGGUUUUUGUUAUACUAUUAUUGACUCGCUGCAUCAGUGUUAUUCCUGCAUUACGGGUGAGGGUUUGAUCGUUACAGUCUAAUUUAAAUCUCGAUAUGGUAUUGUUGAUUUUUUAACUUGUGUUUGCAAAUACUGUCGUACUCAUGCAUGGCUCAUCUUUUUUCAUUCAUUGUUUAUAUGUGUUGCUGCAUCUUGUUAUAUUUCAUUCCUCACUCCUUUCCUCA